CUCAAUGAUACAAGAGUUGCCGUCGAAUCCUAAACAUUCAUAUUUCUGUAUCCCUUUCUUUUUACUGCGGCCGCAAACUUCUGCUAGUUGCUGCUACUUGUCCAGAUGAUGCGUGGUUUAGUGUCACCCUCGAGCCUACGGGCUCUACAUGCCCCACGAGGAAGCAACACAUUCAGUUAUAUUUGCAGAGCUGCUGCUACCCGCAAUGUCCACCAGUCGGCACGAAUACCUGCCAUCACGACGUCGCAGGCUCGCCAUCGACCUACGUUGAGACCCAGCCAUCAAACGAGCCUCCCCAUACCUUCAGCAAACCGAACAAUAUACAUUCAGACCCAAACGACGCCCAAUGCUUCUGCCCUUAAAUUCCUCCCAAACCAUCCUGUACUGCCAGACGGGUUCCCCUCAACUUUCCUCGAAUACACCUCACCUCGCUCGACUCUGGCUGCUCCACAUCCAUCACCGCUCGCUGCAAGAUUGCUUGACGUCGAUGGCGUCACGUCUGUCUUCUAUGGACCAGACUUUAUCACCGUCACAAAGGCAGAGGACGUCAACUGGGCCCACAUCAAGCCUGAGGUCUUCGCUCUGAUCACCGAAGCCAUAACGUCAGGAGAACAGAUUGUGAAUACGGUGGACAAAGGUGCUCAGACCGACGGCCAGGAAGGCGCAGGAGAAGACUCCCUUGCGGCCAACGACGAAGAUGAUGAAGUAGUGGCCAUGAUCAAGGAGCUCUUGGAGACACGGAUACGACCUGCUAUUCAGGAAGACGGUGGAGAUAUUGAAUUUCGUGGAUUCGACAAUGGUAUGGUCGGGUUGAAGUUGCGUGGCGCAUGCCGGACGUGCGAUUCCAGCACGGUGACGCUCAAAAAUGGAAUCGAGUCGAUGUUGAUGCACUACAUUGAAGAAGUCAAGGGUGUGAAUCAGGUAUUGGACGAAGAAGAAGAAAUAGCCCUGAAAGAAUUCGAACGCUUCGAAGAAAAGCUCCGGCAACAAAAGGGCCCGGACGCAGCACCGUCUACAGUGGGCAAAGGCAGCCUAGACUUUGCGGAGUGAUGGAAGGCAACUGCUGAACGGUGUCCCUGACUUCCACCAAAUACGGAAAUGACAGCUCGCGCUGCGUGUCUGCAAAGACUCUGCCAUGGGUAUUGGGCAUAGGGCAACAUCGUGUAUACCCCUUUGGUAAUGGCCUCUACGCACCUCAGGACAUAUCCUGAUAUCAGUCAAUGGGUGAUCAGAGUGAGAGUGCACACAAAGGGUAUCUCAUUCACUCCACUUGACCGUUGCGAUUGUGCACUAUGCACAAUGUAUCACU